AUGACGACGACGACGGCAACAAACGAAUCCGUAGUGAUUAAAACCUUAGCCCCGAACCAUUUUUGCUUGGACCAAAACUUAAACCCGCGCGUGGUGCACACCAUCGCGAAAUCCUUGCCGUGGUACGGACCGAAAUUUUCCCCGCAUAAAGUCCCGAACUUUUACGACGUUUCCGGGAUCACCGAGAACCCCGAGGCGUUUAAACUGGUCGUAGACACGUUCGCGGAGAGAUACGAACGCAUGAAAGAGAAACCGACGAAAAUUGCCGGGUUCGACGCCAGAGGGUUUUUGUUCGGACCGACGAUUGCGAUGCGAUUAGGCAUACCUUUCGUUAUGAUUCGUAAGGCUGGGAAACUCCCCGGCGUGUUGGUUUCUUCCGGCGAAUACGUCACGGAAUACUCCACCGACGAAACGGUGAUGCGGUUCGGCGCGAUCGACGCGUCCGAUCGAGUCGUGUUAAUCGACGACUUAAUCGCCACCGGAGGUACCGCAUUAGCCGGGUUCGAGUUGUGUCAUCAGUUAGGGGCGACGGUGCACGAGUUUGCAGCCAUGAUUGAGCUUCCGUUUUUAGACGGCGUGAAGAAGAUUCACGAGUAUAAAGACGGGUUGUUUAAAGACGUGCCGUGUUUUACCGUGGUGGAUUGUUUGACCAUCGGGGAAGAUAUGGGGAGAGACCCGAUCGGAGAGGACGUGCCGAGAGUCGUCAAAGCCGAGGAGUGA